CUGCCAAGGCCGCCAUUUUUUGCACAGGAUUGAAGGGAUCCGGGGGAAAAAAAUUAAGAGGGUCAAAAACUGACCUAAAACUACAAUUCGAGUUUUAAAAAGCGUCAGGGUUCACGAGAUUAAAUCAUAAAGGAGCCGGAAAGGCAGGUAGUGUCAGUUUUCGGCGUUUUGAAACCUCUUUUCUUCAACACAUCCGCAGUGGAGAGUAUUGUUUUGGUCCUGGUCUCCAUUCAAGGCUAUUACAGUGGACAUUGAUACAGGUGGAGUGGAUGCAUUUAGAUGUGUGCCAUGCGUGCAGUGGUUGGUAUGUGUCAGUGUUUGGGAUCGCUCGGCUCUGCUCUCAGUAGGACUCCACACUCGCAGCACAGAGCGUCAUGAGCUUAGUCAUCCCAGUGGGGGUGGACAACAUGGCUGCCGGCUCAGAACCUGAAUCUGUGGAGGCCAGCCCUGUAGUGGUGGAGAAGUCCAGCUAUCCUCAUCAGAUCUACAGUAGCUCUCACCACUCACACAGCUACAUCGGCCUGCCUUACGCCGAUCAUAACUAUGGGGCUCGGCCGCCCCCGACGCCCCCCGCGUCUCCCCCGCCGUCAGUGUUGAUGCGUCCGGGUGAGGGUGUGUUCGGGCAGGACGAGGCGUCCCGAGGCACCACGUUGAGCACGUCGGAGGACGGCAGCUACGGAGCAGACAUCACGCGCUGCAUCUGCGGCUUCACCCACGACGACGGCUACAUGAUCUGCUGCGACAAGUGCAGUGUGUGGCAGCAUAUAGACUGUAUGGGUAUUGAUCGGCAGCACAUUCCUGAGACGUACCUGUGUGAACGCUGCCAGCCGCGCAGUCUCGACCGAGAGCGUGCCGUCGUGCUGCAGACCAGGAAGAGACAGAACAUGUCCGAUGGAGACACCAGUGCUACAGAGAGCGGAGAUGAAGUUCCUCUGGAGCUCUACACCACGUUCCAGCACACGCCCAACAGCAUCACGCUCACCACCGGCCGCCUCAGCAACAAGCAGAACGACAAGAAGCGUAAGAAGAGUGGAGAGAAGGAGCCGGCCCCGCCCGCCCGCGCCAAAAAGGCGUUUAGAGAAGGCUCCAGGAAGUCAAACAGAGUCAAGGGCUCGGCUCCGGAGUGUGAGCCCAUGGACUCCCCGUCUCUGUGGGAGAGUAAGGUGAAGUCGUGGAUGGAGCGCUACGAGGAGGCCAGCACCAAUCAGUACAGUGAGGACGUGCGAGUGCUGCUACGUGUCAAAGAGGCCCGUGACGGCAAAACACUCGCCUACAACACACACCCCGCUGCCUUCAAACCACCUGUAGAGAGUCAUGUGCAGAAGAAUAAACGUGUCCUGAAGGCGGUGAGGGAUUUAGCGGCAGACUCUCUGCUAAUCGAGUAUAGGGGGAAGGUCAUGCUCCGCCAGCAGUUUGAGGCUAACGGCUACUUCUUUAAGAGGCCGUAUCCAUUCGUAUUGUUUUACUCCAAGUUUGACGGUUUGGAGAUGUGUGUGGACGCUCGCAGCUUUGGAAACGAAGCGCGGUUUAUUCGCCGGUCCUGCACACCCAACGCAGAGGUGCGUCAUGUGAUCGAGGACGGCAAUUUGCACUUGUACAUCUACUCCCUGAGGUCCAUACCCAAAGGCAGUGAGAUCACCAUCGGGUUCGACUAUGACUACAGCAGCUGUAAAUAUAAGGUGGACUGUGCGUGUGUAAGAGGGAAUCAGGAAUGUCCUGUUCUUAAACACAACCUGGAACCCACGGAGAACCUGGGUUCUGCUACACGGCGCAGAGGAAGGAAAGAUAAAGAGCCGGCGAUUCGGGACGAAGCCGGACAGAACCAGAACCUCACCCUGGACUGUGACGGACCUAAGGGCAAAACGAACAACGACAGCAAACAGAGGAAGCUGUCUCCUCUACGGGUGUCCAUCUCUAACAACCAGGAUCCUGAGUUAAUUGAGGAUCUAGAAGAGAAAACCUCCGUUAGCAAUGACGUAGAGAUGGAGACAGAGGAGCACAUGGCAGAGAGGAGGAGGAAGAUGACGCGUGAGGAGAGGAAGAUGGAGGCCAUCCUGCAGGCGUUUGCUCGCAUGGAGAAGAGGGAGAAAAGGAGGGAGCAAGCUCUGGAAAGAAUCGGCACCAAGGGAGAAAUGGGAACUCGGAGUGAAAUUAAAGAAGAACCUCCUGCUACUCCGGAGGUCGAGUCACCUGCUACGCCGUUGUUAGAGCCGGUGAAGGAGGAGGCAGCUCAGAAGGCAGCGAAGGUCAGCCGGAACAAGCAGAGGAAGAGCUUCUCUCGGAACCGAACACACAUCGGGCAGCAGAGACGGCGGACACGCACGGCCAGCGCCUGCUCAGACCCGCCGCCGGCGUCCCCCGGGGACACUCUCGAAACCCAGCUAAUGGCUGAAACGCAGGACGGGGAGACGGGAGUGGUGCCUGAGGCUGAAGCCCCGCCUACUCACUCCCCAGACGACACUGCCAGCCCACCUCACGCCUCACCUGGGCACAAGUAUCCCAAAACGAAAAAGCACUUAGUGACCGAGUGGCUGAGCGUGGAGAAGCAGGAGCAGAGAGUGUUAAUGCGCAGUCCCGAGCCUGUUCCUGACCGGCCGCUGAGGAUCAGCACUGAUCCUGAAGUUUUAGCCACGCAGCUCAACUCUCUGCCCGGGAUGGCCUGCAGUCCGCACGUCUACAGCACGCCCAAGCACUACGUCCGCUUUUCCUCUCCGUUCCUGGCCAAUCGCAGCCCCAGCACUCCUGCCGUGCCUGCUGCUCGCCGACGCUCACGUGAACUCUCCGAUACUCCGCCUACCUCUGGAUCCUGCAAAAAGCGUUGGUUGAAGCAGGCUUUAGAGGAGGAAGGCAGUCUGAGUCCAGGUGGACGAACCCUGCUGAUGCCCGCUGAAGGGCCGCUGACCCCACCAAUCAACGGAGACACCGACAGCCCCAUCUCGCUUAACGGCACCUGCCCAGAAUUGCCCACGCCGUUGAAGAAAAGGCGUUUGUGUACUGUGGACUCGUGUGUGUCGGAGUCGUCCACUCCGUACGCCUCACCGUGUGCUACGCCGACGCGAGCCGAACCCUCUGACGCCCCGCUAACACCUCAGCUCCUGAACACACCUCCAGAACCUUCCACACCCACACACCCCUCCCAGAACUCAGCACACACUGCGCCACAAGAGAGCGAGUCGCCGAUAGACAGCUCACCGGAGGCUAGCCGAAGACCCAGCACACAAGAGGUCGAUCGCGCACCCUCGCUUUUGGCUUCUCCUAUUAGGAAGCUUCCUGAAACUGUACCUCAGGAGUCUCAAAGCCCCGUCCCUUCGUUACCCGAGCCCCAUGAGGCACCUUUAGACGAGGGUACUGAGGGAGAAGGCACUACAGAGGCGCCGUCCGCAUCAUACCACGCCUGGAUCAAGAGCCCAGAGCGAGGCGGCCUUUCCUUCUCACCUAUUAACUCCAACCUGAGGGACCUGACGCCGUCUCACACUCUGGACAUGGGGGCAUUCAGCGAGGCCGUGUCCUAUUACCCCUGCACAGAGGAGGGAGGGAACACGGCCUUCACUCGUUCGCUUAGCGGGGACGCCUCAGAGGGAGCAGGCAUGGCUCAGAAUCCACCACAGAAGAAGAAGGUGUCUCUACUGGAAUACAGGAAGCGGCAGCGUGAAGCCCGACGCAGCGGAGGCUCCAAGAUCGAAUGCAGCUCUCCGCUUUCAACAGCGCCCCCGGUGGACGUCUUCCCUGUUGCCGUGGAAACACCGCCUGAUUCCGUCGUUCCUGUGGUUACGCUGGGCUCCAGGACUCCGCAAUCUAGCGAGGAUCCAGACACACCCCAACAGGGAGAAAAAGAGGGAGGAGACGGACAGUGGGUGUCGUCAACCUCAGUGGAACAGGCCAGAGAGCGUGGAUACCACAGAGCCCUGCUGCUCAGUGACCACCGCAAAGACACAGAUGGAGGAGAGAUGGAAGGAGGUGAUGGUGUAGUGAGGGAGUGUCCAUCACCUAAGAGCUGCAAGAGUCCCUCCUCACACACAUCUCCGUCUCCAGGCCCGAGCUCCGUGUCCCAUUCCUCUGUUCGCUCGACUAAAGAAGAGGACAGCGACCCUCAGUCCCGUCCCGUGGUCCAGCCGUCUUCGUCCAAGCCGCCGCUGUCUAAGUCCACCCCUCUGACUCCCAGCAAGCACCCCUCCCAAGGGCACUACGCGGCUCCUACCCUCCCUAUCCCCUCUCCUAAAUCUCAGCCUCAGCCACAGGGUUCUCCCUAUCGCGGUCAGAGGACCUUCCUUUCUGCCCCACCCCCCAACCAAUCACAGUACAGCCCUCAGAAUGCCCCGCCCCCUCCUCCCCCGCCACCUCCGGUACCCCCUGCUUCCUCACCGUACUUCCCUACACAGUUCAAGGCGGCCGUCUCGACGCCCUUCCCUCCCGGUUCGCAGGCGCUGCUGCAGUCUCACCACACGCUCCACUUCCAGAGCAGCUCGGCCCCGCCCCCUCCUCCGCCUCCUCCGCCGCCUCAUCCUCAACCGGGCCCCGCCCUCAUCCAUGUCAACCAUCUACAACCUCCUUCGAUCCAGCAGCAUCAGCUGAUCCUGAGCUCUGCCCCUCCCCCGCCUCCGCCUCCACCCCCCCAGACGCAGAGUUCUCAGCCGGCGCAGGUCAGCGGCACCACCGUCAAUCUGCUGUCCAUCAAACAAGCCCCGCCUCCUCCGCCGUCGUUUCAGAACAUCAGUGCGUUUCAGACUACUCUCCUGCACCAAUCGGGAGCGAGCAACCCUACAGCAGUGACACCCUCUUCGUAUCAGCAGACCGUGUUACCGCCUCCUCCUCCGCCCCCACCGCAACCGACCCCACCUUCUCAAGGGUCCUCGUCCAAUCCUAACGCGACUCAGACUCGAGGUCCGCCUCCUUCCGCCGCGCCGUUUCACAACACCGGUUACAUGGGGACAGGGUGGCACUGACUCCGCCCACUUCAUCCGCACGCGGAAACGGACUCGUAACGAGAAAAUCGCGGCGGCCGAUCGGGCGGAGUGUAACAUAGGCGACUCGAGCAUAGUGUAAAUAAUUUUUUAUGCACCUUUACACCCAGGAAACAGGACGAGGCAGCAAGGGUACACUCACAUGGACCCUAACCCCACCUGGAGAGACUUAAUGGAAAACAAGAUGGCGGCUCAGUGGUGCUCAUUACACAACCUAAACCCCUCCCCCUUUUUUCUUCUUCUUCCUCCUCCUCCUUCUUCUUCUCCCCUGAUACACACUUCCAGUCGUCCUCUCUCAGACGUCUUUUAACGUUUUUACUUUUUUCCCCCGUUCUUGUUUUCGCACUUGUACGAUGGACAUUCCACGUCGACUUUUUUCUUUUCUUUUUUUUUUUCCCCCUCUUUUCUGUAAAAUCCUCACGUCAUUUAUUCGUUUUAUCUAGCGCUUCAUUUAUAGCGGAAGAAAAACAAUGCUUUUUGUAUAGAGGAAAAAAAUACAGAAUUAUUUUUUUUAAUCCUUCAUUGUAACUGAUAAAAAAAAUAAUAAUAUCUCGCAGAAAUUCGAGAAGAGACCUUUGUGUUAGGCCGCUUCGCCGCUCCGGGAGUCUGCACUUCUUAGUGUGUGUGUGUGUGUGUGUGUUGGUCCAUACGUGUUCAUGUGUUCCGUGUGAGAGAGAGAUCACUUCCUGUUCACCGUGAGCGCUUUAUUUUUUUGGAAUUUUCACGGUUAUUUGUAGAAAGUGUAAUUUAAUUGUAUAGGUGGUUCCUCCAGCGUUCUGUUCUUUCUGCAGAGACGGACGAGUGUAAAUAUCCGCUUCAGGUUUUUUUUUUUUCUUUUUCUUUUCUUUUCUACGCUUGUACACUUUGCUCACAUCUUUUCUUUUCUUUUCUUUUUUCUUUUUUUUUUUUUUUUUUGGAAUACGGUUGUAAAUAUGAGCGCGUACUUCUCAUAAAAAAAGAAAACAAAGGAAAAAAAAAUAAAAAAGCUGAAUGUUUCUGUGACAGUAGCACUAUUUUUAUUUGUCCGUCUCCCGGGAUUAUUCAAUUUGUCCUCUCUCUCCCUCUCUCUCUCUCAUUUAUUUUUUAUUCUUUGUGUGAGUGAGUGAAAGUGUGUGUGUGUGAGAGAGUGUGUGCGAGAGUGAUGUGUGUGUGAAGAGCAGACGCUCACAGACACAACACUGGUUGGAUAUUUUCAUGGUUCAUUAUAAUAAAUCACUGUAAUGACAGUUUUAUACCA